AAAACUCUCCAAUGUGCAGAUCCUUGAGUUUCAUAGCUAGUACGGACUAGUCGUAUCAUCUUCCUCUUAAUUAGUCUUUCUCUGAGUCAUCUAUUUGGUGACCGCAAGAACAAUACAAUUUCUCCACUUGUUUGUCGGAUUCUGUUUUCAUCUUAUUUGAUUAAUUCUUGUUGCUGUUGAAUUUUCUUCCUCCUCUUAAUUUUCAUUUCUCUCGGCUUAAACCCAUCCCUUUCUGUUCCUUAAACUACACCAAGAUUUUCCCAAAAUCGACAAAGUUCCGUGCUUGUUUCUUCUGUAAUGGCGUGUUCUUCUCGGUCCUCUGGUAUAAAGUAUGAUGUCUUUAUCAGCUUCAGAGGCACAGACAUACGCCAUGGUUUUCUUAGUCAUUUGAGGAAGGAAUUGCAGCAGAAACAAAUCGAUGCCUAUGUGGACAACAGACUUGAAAGUGGAGAUCAAAUAUCACUGGCACUUGUAAGAGCCAUCAAAGAAUCACUCAUGUCAUUGAUCAUAUUUUCAGAGGAUUAUGCUUCUUCAAGGUGGUGCUUAGACGAGCUGGGGCAGAUUAUUGAGUGUAUGGAGAAGCAGAAACAGAUUGUAAUUCCUGUUUUCUAUAAUACGGAUCCCUCAGAUGUGAGGCAUCAAAAGGGGUCUUAUGGAGAUGCUUUUGUCAAACAUGACAAACAUAAUAAGGAAAAGGUGCCAAUUUGGAAAUCAGCUUUGAAUAAAGCGGCUAAUUUAUCUGGGUUUCAUUCAUCAAAUUAUGAGGAUGAGGCUGAGCUUAUAGAAGUGAUUGCCAAGCGUUUGUCAGAAAAGUUGAAUAUUAUGUUCCAAAGUGACUUAACGGGCCUUGUUGGAAUUGAUGAAAGGAUUGCAGAUUUAGAAUCGCUAAUGAACCAAGGGUCAGAAAAAGUCCGAGUCAUUGGAAUUUGGGGCAUGGGCGGUAUCGGUAAGACAACUAUCGCAGAUGCAGUAUUUAAUCGAUUCUAUUCUGAAUAUGAAGGAUAUUGUUUUUUGGCAAAUGUGAGAGAAGAAUCAGAGAAUCAUGGGAUUAUGUAUUUGAAAAAUAAAAUUCUUUCUAUACUACUCAAGGAAAAUGAUUUGCGUAUCGGUACGCCCAAUGGAAUACCUCCUUAUGUUAGGAGAAGGCUUCUUCGAAAAAGAGUUCUGGUUGUUCUUGAUGAUAUAAGUGAUUCUGAUCAACUGGAAAAUUUAGUGGGAGCUCUUGACUGCUUUGGAUCUGGUAGUAGAAUCAUUAUAACAACAAGGGAUAAGCAAGUGCUGGCUAAAAGAGUUGAUAAAAUAUACGAGGUUAAGCCAUUGAUGUUUGAUGAUGCUGUUCAACUCUUUAUGUCGAAUGCCUUUGAGAAUGAUUAUCUAGACAAGGAGUGGAUUGAACUAUCAAGGAAGGUGAUUAGUUAUGCAAAAGGCAUUCCGUUAGUUCUGAAAGUUUUGGGUUCUUUUCUUUAUGGCAAAAGCAAGGAAGAGUGGGAGAGCCAACUUGAGAAGCUCAACAAAAUGCCACAUGCUAAAAUUCAGGAUGUGAUGAGAUUAAGUUAUGAUAAACUAGAUAGAGAAGAGAAGAAUAUUUUCUUGUACGUCGCAUGUUUCCUUAAAGGAUACAAAUCACAACAAAUAAUAGUUUUACUAAAUGCUUGUGGUUUUUCAUCAAUUAUUGGGCUCAAAGUGCUUCUAGACAAAGCUCUUAUCACUGAAAUCAAAGGAUCAAAUUCAGGAGGUUCAAGAAUAUUUAUGCAUGAUUUGAUACAGGAAAUGGGUUGGGAGAUUGUUCGUGAAGAAUCAAUUUAUGAUCCUGGAAAACGCAGUCGAUUGUGGGAUGCUAAUGAUAUAUAUCGAGUAUUGGAGCAUAACCUGGGGACUAAAGCCAUUCAAAGCAUAACUUUGAAUGUGGCAAAAAUUGAAGAGCUCUGCUUAACUCCUCAAGUCUUUGCUGAGAUGUCAGAGCUAAAAUUGCUUAGUUUUUCCCAGAAUGAUGUUGAUGAAGAAAUCCUACGCCUUCCUCAUGGCCUUGAAUCUUUGCCAAAUGAACUGAGAUUUCUUCACUGGGAUUGCUGUCCUUUGAAAUCUUUACCCUCCACAUUCCGUCCAGAAAGUCUUGUUGAACUUAACAUGACUAGGAGUCGUGUGGAGAAACUUUGGGAUGGAGCCCUGCGUCUUGUGAAUUUAAAGAAAAUUGACCUCAGUAAUUCCAAGCGCCUAUUGGAACUCCCAGAUUUUUCCAUGGCCAAAAAUCUUGAAGAAGUUGAACUCUACAACUGUAAAAGCUUGCGUAAGGUUCAUCCUUCCAUUUUAACCAUCCACAAACUUGUGAAAUUGAACCUUAUAUAUUGCACAUCACUUACCAGCCUUAGAAGUGAAGUCCAUUUAAGAUCCCUGAGUAGUCUUUCUCUUGGUGAUUGCUCAAGGCUCAAAGAAUUCUCUUUGACAUCAGAGAAUAUGAGGGACUUGAGUUUGGCGGGCACAGCUAUCAAUGAAUUGCCUUCAUCCAUGAGGCUUCUAAACAAACUUGAAACAUUUGACUUGCAUCGUUGUAAAAACCUUAAGAAUCUUCCAAGCAAGUCAACUAACCUGCAUUCUCUUCGAGAACUCAGGAUCUUUGGUUGCAUGCAGCUUGAUGCAUCGAAUUUACACUUGUUACUUGAUGGCUCAAGGUUCUUGGAAACACUGUUACUGCAAGAUUGUCAUAAUUUAUUUGAACUUCCAGACACCAUCAGAUUCCUAUCCUCAUUGAAGCAUUUAUCCCUAAAUGAAACAGAUAUUGAGAGGUUGCCUACAAGCAUCAAGCAUCUUCCUCAACUUGAAAAACUUGACUUGAGUAAUUGUAGGAGGCUUGAGUCUUUGCCUAAUCUUCCACUAAGCAUUAAAGAACUAUAUGUUACUAACUGCACUUCCCUGGAGAGAGUCAUGUUUUCUUCAAUGGCUGCCGAUCAUCUGACAGGAAAAAUUCGAGUCUGCACUAGAUUCCAGAAUUGUGUGAACUUGGAUGCACAGUCACUCGCAGCUAUAGGAGUGAAUUCUCAUGUCAACAUUAAGAGACUGGCAAAUGAACAUUUAUCAACUAUAGGAAAAAGUAAGAUCCUAGAUGGCCCAGUUGAUGUUAUUUAUCCAGGAAGCAAUGUUCCAGGGUGGUUCAUCAACAGGACAAGGCAGUCAUCGGUAACUAUUGACUUAUCUUCUGCUCCACCUUCCGUCUUUAUGGGUUUCAUUUUUUGUGCGGUUGUCUGUAAGUUCGCAUCAAAUGACAGCAACCUCGUCGGAUGUGACUGCUACAUGGAGAUUAAUGGUACAAGGAACAAGAAUAUGGGUGCAUGGACUAGCAUAUCUGCUUGUGAAUUUAUGUCUGAUCAUGUAUGUCUGUGGUACGAUGAACGAUGCUGUCUGAAAGCUGAUGAAAACAUGGAAGCAGAUGAAACCAAUAACCAGAAAAUAUCAUUUGAGUUCUUUGCACAAACUGGGAGUAUUUGGGAGAAGAAAAAAGAUAUUGUGAUAAAAGAAUGUGGAGUCUGCCCCGUAUAUGCCUCAGAACAUCACAAAUUCAUUGAGCAAAUGGAGUUGGAGUUGAAGUCACAGCUUAAAGCAAUUGGUGAGAACAAACAUGAGAAGACAAUCCCUUCAGCUCAAAAGUCCAAUGAACAUAUCUUUUCACCACUUCCCAGUGGAUCUUGGAAGAAAGCAACACAAGGCUUAAGAGAUCUCCUCAACUUGUGACUGCUUCAGAGGCAUCAAACUGAAAGGUUCUCUUUCAGUGAAGCUUUUUAGGGUCUGACAUGAAAUAAUUGUCUUUUCUCUUUUUCUUUUUUCUCUAUUUAGAUGGUAACAACCCAUUCCUUUUGUAACAAGUCAUACUUCGUACAUUAAAGUUCAGAAUGGUAACAGAAACUUAGAAUUGGCAUUUCAUUCAUGGUACAGAUCCAAAAGUUGAGAAGAAAUUCUCUCCCAAAGAUAAACUUUGUAAUCACUUGAUAAAUUGAAGACAUGAAUCCUUCAUUUG